UGACCUCAAACAUUGUCCAAAUCCACAAGGUAAUUUGAGGGACUUUUAGCUCAUACCGUUAGAACAUAAUUUUAUAUAUUAAAAAUUGGCUUGAACAUCACUCUAGAGUAAAGCUUGACCUACACCAAUUCGUUGCUCAAGUACUCAUUAGGCUCUUAGCAAAAUAUUGAAAUCUAACACUCAAUCAACUUACCUGCCUUUUGCUUUUCUUUCUCUCUCGAUGAUGGUGGUGAUUGAGAGUUUAUUGAAGCAAUCUUGUCACUAUAUAAACCAUCUCAUUUGGACCUUGCUAUGCAUCAAAGAGACUUAUUACCUCUCAUUCAAAUCAUACAAACAAUCCAAAAAAUUCCACCAAGUGAGAAUUCAGUCAUAGAUGGCUUCUUCUUCUAGCUACAUUUCAUCAUCAUCAUCAUCAGCAGCAGCAGCCAUUUUCAAGGCUGUCUUUUGUACAAUAUUGUUGUGUGUGUUGCCUCAGUUGGCUCAUGCAAAGCACACAGGAAUCACCAGGCACUACAAGUUUGAUAUCAAGUUACAAAAUGUGACAAGAUUAUGUAAAACAAAGAGUAUUUUGACUGUGAAUGGGAAGUUUCCAGGGCCUAGAAUCAUAGCCAGAGAAGGGGACAGGCUCUUAAUCAAGGUGGCCAAUCAUGUUCAAAAUAAUGUCACCUUGCAUUGGCAUGGAAUAAGACAGUUGAGAAGUGGAUGGGCUGAUGGACCUGCUUACAUCACACAGUGUCCUAUUCAAACAGGGCAGACAUACAUGUACAACUUCACUAUCAUUGGCCAAAGAGGCACAUUGUUUUGGCAUGCCCAUAUCUCAUGGCUUAGAGCUACCAUUUAUGGACCAAUUGUCAUUCUACCCAAAAGACAUGUCCCUUAUCCAUUCCCCCAACCCUUCAAGGAAGUCCCCAUUAUCUUUGGAGAAUGGUGGAAGGCAAACACUGAGACAAUCAUCAGCCAAGCCUUGCAAACAGGGUCAGGACCAAAUGUCUCAGAUGCCUAUACCAUUAAUGGUCUUCCAGGACCUUUGUAUAGCUGCUCAGCUAAAGAUACAUUUAAGCUAAAGGUGAAGCCAGGAAAAACCUAUCUACUUCGUUUGAUCAAUGCUGCACUGAACGAUGAACUGUUCUUCAGUGUAGCAAAUCACAGCCUCACUGUGGUAGAAGCAGAUGCAGUGUAUGUAAAGCCAUUCAGAACUCAAACUGUGCUCAUCACACCAGGUCAGACCACCAAUGUUCUUCUGAGAACCAAACUCAAAGCCCCAAAUGCCACCUUUGCCAUGGCUGCUAGGCCCUAUGCCACUGGCCCAGCUGCUUUGGACAACUCCACAGCCAUGGGACUGCUGGAAUACGAAAUGGCUUCAGGCCCAAACCACAACAACAGCAAGAAUAUGAAUAAGAAGAAGCUUCCUCUUCUAAAGCCAGUUCUGCCUAAGAUAAACGACACGUCGUUUUCCUUCAAAUACAGCCAAAAAAUACGUAGCCUGGCCAAUGCAAAGUUCCCUGCUAAUGUCCCCAAAACUGUCAACAGAAGGUUUUUCUUCACGGUUGGACUCGGGUUAUCAACUUGCUCAAAGAGCCAAAGAUGCACAAACAAUACUCAGGUAUUGGCAGCCAUUAACAAUGUGAGUUUUGUCCAGCCCAAUACUGCCCUUUUGCAGGCCCAUUUCUUCAACAAGACAAAAGGGGUGUAUACAACAGAUUUCCCAACUAACCCACCUUUUAAAUUCAAUUACACUGGUAACCCACCAAGUAACUUGAUGUUGAACACUGGGACAAAGGUGGUUGUUUUGCCUUAUAAGACUAGUGUGGAGUUGGUUUUGCAAGACACUAGUGUUAUUGGGGCAGAGAAUCACCCACUUCAUCUACAUGGAUUUAAUUUCUUUGUGGUGGGAAGGGGUUUUGGUAACUUUGAUUCCAAAAAGGAUCCUGCCAAAUUCAAUCUUGUUGACCCCGCUGAGAGGAACACCAUUGGCGUCCCCUCCGGCGGUUGGGUUGCCAUUCGAUUCCUUGCCGAUAAUCCGGGGGUAUGGUUCAUGCAUUGUCAUUUGGAAGUACACACUAGCUGGGGCUUGAAGAUGGCUUGGGUUGUCUUGGAUGGAAAGAAGCCCAAUCAGAAGUUGCCUCCUCCACCUUCUGACCUUCCCAAGUGCUGAAGCAAAAAAACUUGUUCUAUAAAUAUAUAUAUAUAUAUAGUAUAUACAUUUUCUUUUAAAAUAUAAGUGGGUUGUAUUUUGUGGUAGUCAUGGCCUAAAACUGGUCACAUUAGAUGGCUAUAAAAUUCUUUGAUGAGAAAAAAAAAAAAUAUAUAAAACUAAAAGAUUGAUUGACCAUGCUUCUGUUUAUCUUUCAUUUCUCAUAAUACAGGUUACUCAAUACUCAUGACAGUUCAUGCCCAUAUUGUAUAUAAACCAAA